CGCGUGUUAGGAUUUCAUUGGGUACUUAUUUUUCUAAUAUUCCCUGGGAAUUUCUAUUUUCUUUCUAAGAAAUUGGAGUCGCAAAAAGAAAAGAAAUUCCAAAUUCUUUUUUCCUGCUUAAAAUCCUAACAGAAAAAGCAAAAACCCGCGAUUCGUUGAUUCGUUCAUACAAAAAUUGACAAUUAUUGAUUUAUUAAAUAAUAAUAAAAAAUAGAAAGAGAAAGAAGAGAGAGAAGGGCAAAGAAUUCGUUGGAUUUUGACGACUUUGGAAGGAUCGAUUACAUAUUUUAUUUAUUUAUUUUAUAUUUUGUGAAAUUGAAAUUAUUAAAGGAAUGAUGAAAGUUUGAUUUUUUUUUUUUUUGGGUUACUUUCACCUGGCUUCUCAAUCCUGCCGGAAGUUUGACCGGUGGCGAGAUUCCGAUUGAUUUGCGUUAGGAGAAUAGGGUUAGGGUUACAUAAAUUACGAUAAUAAUCAAAGAAGGAGGAGACAGACAAAGAAAAGAAGAGAAGAUGGUGAAUGCGAUGGUGGAACGAGCUACGAGCGACAUGCUCAUCGGUCCGGAUUGGGCUAUGAAUAUUGAGAUCUGCGAUAUGUGCAAUCAUGAUCCUGCGCAAGCAAAGGAUGUUGUGAAAGGCCUUAAAAAGCGCCUCGGUAGUAAGAAUCCAAAAGUCCAGCUCCUUGCCUUAACGCUUCUAGAGACAAUUGUCAAGAACUGUGGUGAUAUUGUCCAUAUGCAUGUUGCUGAGAAAGAUCUGCUUCACGAGAUGGUGAAGAUUGUUAAAAAGAAGCCUGACUUUCAUGUCAAGGAGAAAAUAUUAAUUCUCAUUGAUACAUGGCAAGAAGCCUUUGGAGGACCAAGGGCAAGGUAUCCGCAAUAUUUUGCAGCAUAUCAGGAAUUAUUGCGACUUGGAGCUGUUUUCCCUCAGAGAUCUGAAAGAUCAGCACCUGUGUUCACACCCCCUCAAACACAGCCCCUGUCAUCUAUUCCCCAAAAUCUCCGAAACGCAGAGGCUAGGCAGGAAGCUGCUGAGUCUUCAACUGAGGCUGAAUAUCCUACUUUAAGUCUGACCGAAAUUCAAAAUGCUCGUGGCAUAAUGGAUGUCCUUGCAGAGAUGCUGAAUGCUUUAGAUCCAGAAAACAAAGAGGGGCUUCGACAGGAGGUUAUUGUUGAUUUGGUCGAUCAAUGCCGUACAUACAAGCAAAGAGUCGUACAUCUUGUUAACUCAACUGCAGAUGAAUCAUUAUUAUGUCAAGGAUUAGCCCUGAAUGAUGACUUGCAACGUGUGCUGGCCAAGCAUGAAGCAAUUGCAUCGGGAAAAUCUGUUCAAAUAGAGAAACCUAAGUCUGAACCUGGUAAAAUUAUCAAUAAUGAUUCUCCACUAAUUGAUACUGGGGAUACAAAGCAGCCAGAGCAAAGUUCAUCCAAUGCUGAUGGAUUGACCCAGUUAGCCCUACCUGCCCCUCCAACUGCUAACGGUCCAUCAUCAACCCCAACCAAGGCUAGUCCGAAAUUCGAUCUUUUGAGUGGAGAUGAUUUUGGCUCGCCUGCUGAGAACUCGAUGGCACUUGUUCCUGUAACUGUAGGUGAACCUCAGCCUGCAAGCCCUGUUGCUUCUCAACAAAAUGCCCUGGCUCUUGUUGAUAUGUUCACACAAAGUAAUAAUGGUCAUGCAACACCUGCUGGACAAACAUAUCCCACCUCCCCUCAAUUUCAGCAGCAACCGAAUCUCCAAAUUACUCAACAAUCGAUCUACGCAAAUGGAAAUGUUCCUGGUGGUGUUGUAUCCCAAUAUCAACAGUCUGUAUAUACUCAAGGGCCAAACUCUGCUUGGAAUAGUCCAAUAGCUCAGCCUGCACAGCAGCCUACUUCACCAGUUUAUGGUGAUCAACCUGGUGCUUCAUUUCCUCCUCCUCCAUGGGAGGCUCAGGCAACAGAUAGCAACCAGUUUGCUAGUGUUCCUCAACAAGUCACACAGGUGGUUAUAACCCAUUCUCAACCAUUAUCUAGUGGCAUUGGGGUGAAUGAUCAGGUUGGUGGUAUUUAUAUUCAGCCUGUCAAUGGUGUCCAGCUUCCAGCUAUGAACCAGCUGGCUAUGCAACAGCCCCAGCAGUUUGUUGGCAUGCAACCCAAUCAAUAUCUACAAAUGCAACAGCAACAGCUACAGCAACAGAUGCUAGGGGGGCAAUCAAUGGGUAUGUAUCCCCAACCGAUGCAUUCUGGCCAGGUGGCUUAUAUGUAUCCUCAACAAGCAUAUGGCAACCAAAUGGGUGGUUAUGGCUAUGGUUAUGGGCAACAACAAAAUGCGCAGUUUCUUGAUCAAAGAAUGUCUGGGCUGUCUGUGAGGGAUGACAGUACUAUCUUGGCCGGUUCAGCCCGACCAGGGUCCAACCCAUCAUAUGUGCACGUGCCAUCUGGAAAGCCGUCAAAGCCAGAAGACAAGUUAUUUGGAGAUCUAGUGGACUUGAACAAAUUCAAGCCAUCAAAAACCGCUUCUGGAAGGGCUGGUAGCAUGUGAUUUGGGGUUGGUUUUUACAUAUUUCAUCAUUCAGUUUGCUAACUUUUUCGUCAAUCCAUUUUUCUUUUCUUUUAAUUUCUUUGUUCUUCUUUAGAUUUUAUCGUUACAGAUACAUAUUACAUUUUGUUCUAUAUGCUUACUAGCUUUUGCCUAUAUGAUUUUUGUACAUUGAUUGUAGAGAGAACAAAGAAAGAAAUGGAAACUUCUUUUGAUCUUUAUCAAGGGUGAAUAUAAUAUCGAUUAUUGCUUUAUUUUGGUACAAA